AGAUCAUGGGAGAGUCCACCACGCUUGGUGAAAGUAGGUUAGCAGGGUAGACUGAGAGGAAAGCAGGCGGAGAAUCAGAGCGCAGAGGGGGGGUCUGAUCACCGGUCGUCCACUGUGACCGUGGGACUAUUCUGUCAAAAGAAGUUGAGACAAAUCUAUUCGCCUGUGCGCCGAGACGGUUACGAUGCAAUCCAUAGCGACUUUUUUCACUCUUUUAUUUCGCUCGGACUUGACAGAGCGCUAGGGGAGAGGAGUUUCGGGUAGUUGUUUUUCCCUUUUCUUUUUUUGGUCGUGUUCUACGAGAGCUGCCUGCAGCCGGGACGAAGUUCAUAUUUAAAAAGCCAGUUCGCUCUGGCUCCAGCGGUUUAUUCUCCUCGACCGUGUCACCUACAUUAACCACAUGUAGCCGAGUUUUAACAUCGUUCAUCCAAGAGAAAGAAAACAUCAAAAUGAGAGCUCAGAUCGAGGUCAUCCCCUGUAAGAUCUGUGGGGACAAGUCCUCAGGAAUCCACUAUGGCGUCAUCACCUGCGAAGGCUGCAAGGGAUUUUUCCGUCGCAGCCAGCAGAACAAUGCCAUGUACUCUUGUUCCCGCCAGAGGAACUGCCUGAUCGACCGAACUAACCGUAACCGCUGCCAGCACUGCCGCCUACAGAAGUGUCUGGCUUUGGGCAUGAGCAGAGAUGCGGUCAAGUUUGGUCGUAUGUCCAAGAAGCAGCGUGACAGCCUCUACGCUGAAGUGCAAAAACACCAGAAGUCCCAGGAGUGUGUGGGCUCCGCAGGCGGGGGCGCUAAUGCUCUGUCCUUACCCAAGGAGGACGGUGUCUGUGGCGGUACCAGGGAGGAUGGAGAAGAGGGUCUGAGCCGGUCUUACAGCAGAGCGGGUUCCAGCUCCACCAUCAGCGACCUGGAUGACAUCGCAACGCUGCCUGACCUGUUUGACCUUCCGCUGACUCCCGAGGAGGCCAACGACUACUGCAGCGUCGAACUGCUGGGCCGCGGAGCCAGCGCGGGGAACACCUCCAACUCAUCCUCUUCUUCCUCUUCCUCCUCCCCAUCCUUGUCCAGUCAGAAUUCCCCGCAGCAGACUAUGUUGGACGGGGCAGACGGCAACGGGAUCCAGCUCCUGCAUUCUCACACGCAUGCACUGCUGGACCAUCUGCCUGAUGACUGCUCAAUAACAGAACUUGAGCGCAUCACUCAGAGUAUUGUAAAGUCACACUUGGAGACGUGUCAGUACAGCGCUGAAGACAUGAAGAGAUUCACCUGGGUACAAUACGCAUCUGAGGAAACGCGUGCUUUUCAAAACAAGUCAGCUGAGUGGAUGUGGCAGCAGUGUGCACAUCACAUCACCAAUGCCAUUCAGUAUGUAGUGGAGUUUGCCAAACGCAUUGCUGGCUUUAUGGACUUGUGCCAGAAUGAUCAGAUCAUAUUACUGAAAGCAGGCUGUCUGGAGGUCCUGCUCAUACGCAUGUGCCGAGCGUUCAACGUCAACAACAGCUCCAUUUUCUUUAAUGGAAAGUUUGCCCCGGCUCAGUUCUUCAAAGCACUUGGUUGUGAUGACCUGGUCAGUGCAGUGUUUGACCUGGGUAAAGGACUCUGCCGUCUACAGCUGUCUGACGAAGAGAUGGCUCUGUUUAGCGCUGCCGUUCUUCUAUCUCCUGAUCGACCCUGGCUAACAGAAGGGCAAAAGGUUCAGAAACUCCAGGAGAAAGUCUACCUUGCUCUGCAGCACAGUCUACACAAGAGUGGAGCUUUAGACGAGAAACUGGACAAAAUGGUGUCCAAGCUGCCCAUAAUGAAGUCUAUCUGUAACCUCCACGUUGAUAAACUCGAGUUUUUCCGCUUGGUUCACCCAGAGACCGCUUUCAGUUUCCCACCACUGUACCGGGAAGUGUUUGGCAGCGAGAUGUCUCUGCCAGACUCCUCCAACAGCUAGACAGACAGAGAAACAAACAAGAGAGAAGGAGAGCGUGUGUUAAGAAGUAGGGAAGCAAAAAAAGAAAGGAGAGACUGAGAAGGAUAGAGACGUUGAAGCUCAACAACCAGCAGUUAAGUGACAAUCCAGGACUAAAUAGUCUCCCAUGAUCCCAAAGUAAUCCUCCACUUUCCCAGCAGGCAAAGCACCUUACACUACAGACCACACAUGCUCAUGGAUCUCUGCAUAUUGUAGCAUUAACAAGCAGAUGGGCAACGUAAUAAUAAAAGCCCAGGAAGCAUGAUACAGCUCCAAGCUCUCGAACACUUAUUUAACAUCAGAUCCACUGUGGAUCGCCCAACCAGUUAUGAAUGUACCUCAUGGAAAAGCACCAGUGCACAAAGCAAGAACCUUACAACAGUGAAUGUACAACCCUGCCACUCUGAGACAGAGUUUUACACAAGGUAUUAGAAGGAAGUCGUGUUGAUCCACAGAUCUCACUAUUAAUACAGCUCUCAGUCAAUAUAUCUCUCUAUAUUAAUACAUCUCAGUAUGGUACGCCUGCGUAUUCAUACAGACAGUAUGCUUGUACUGACCAUCACUUAGGGACCAAGAUCAUGAGUCAUUUUCUCAGAUAUUAAAAUAAAACACACAGAUCUGAUAUGAGUCACGGCUCAGGCUGUCCUCUUUAAUCAGCUUCACACACAUGUAGACAGUGUUCGGUGCUGCCUUUUUGUAGGCUCUUGUAAUGCAAUGAGAAAACCUCAGUCCCACGCACCCCUUUCCUUGUAAAUGCCACUUAGAGACAGGACAAAAUGAAAUUAUCUUUAAUUUAUAUACACAUUUAUAAACAAAUAUUUUAAAUAAGAAUGUAAAUAGAUGACUAUAUAAGUAUAUGGAGAGAGUUAGAAUGUGUGAGUUCAGUUCAGAGAGAAAAGUGCGGAGUAAGACGUAGAGAAAAGAUGGAUAUUUCAGGAAAGCUGAUAUUUGGACUCAAAUCGUUUUCUGGACUACUUCCACUCCUGACAGUGCUCUAAGGUUACCAUGGCAACAAUCCCCUCUUGCCCUGACGGCAAAGCCCAGCUGGGUUAGGCGCGGUCAUCACGCAAGCAAUGGGGUGGACACUUGUUGCAUAUGCAGGGGGGGGGGGGGGGGCAGUGUACCAAACCAAAGGAGGAGAAACAUUGCCUUCGUCUUUCUGCCCCGCCUGGAAAUACAACAGGACAAACAAGGACACUAAGGACAAGAGAAAGCAAGGCAAAAGAUGACUUCAUGAACUGUAUAAUAAAAUGGGAUACACAGGGUCUCUUCACCUGUUUCUAACCAGCAGUCAGUACAGUCUAUGUAGUAUAAUUGUCUUUCACUCAUAAUGUUUCACUUGGAACAACGAUGAUCCAUAAUGUGUAUCAUAAACCCUCCUUGCUGGUUGGAGCAACUGUAUUAUUUUGUACAUUUGCUGUUCCUCUCACUUUUCGUCCCUAACCCAACACUUGUCCAAACACCAAGCACUUAUACUUUCCUCUUCCUCACUGGACACUAGUCUUAGGCCAGACAGAGCUAACAGCUGCCCCUUGAGUGAGGCCUCAAUGCCAUUAAGACUUAAUAAUUCUCAGUCAAUCUGUUUUAUUUCUUUUGUUUUUUUAUUCCAUAUCUUUCACAUAAGGCCGCCCAUAAGUGUUUACAUUUUUCAUGUACAUAAAUAACACUCUCUCUGAAGGUUGUUCUAGAUUAUGAUGAUAAUGUCUUACUCGGGGUGCUGUGAAGUUCUUGAGCAGAGUCUGAGGACCUGCCGCUCAGGGAGCUAGCUGUGGUCUCUUGUCCCUUUUUAUUACCAGUGUCGUCUUUUAGCCUAGUGCACCUAAGAUGAGACCCAUAACCAUACUCACUGUGGACGUAAGUUCUAUUUUUGUGAAUGUUACUCACAAAGUGUCAAAGCCCUUCCCAUUUGUCCUAAUAUUGUGAAAUCAAAUUUACAAGACAUAGGAAGUAAAAAAACGCAAAUAAAUCUGUUAGAGUUAAAGAUGAAUUCAUUAUUAGGGUUUAAUGUUUCUUUUUGCUGUGAUUUUCAAUUAUUUGUCAGUCUUUAAUCCACCUUUUUUCUCUGUCUCCACUUUUGUCUUGUAAAGUCCGUGAUCUAUUUUUCUUUUAUUGGAGAAAGAUUAGGUACAAACAAAAAAUAAUAGUUUGUCUCCCUUCUUUCCCUGUAUGACAAAAUGUACAAGAGGUAUAUUACUAGUCCAAAAGUAACUGAGUUACACAGCUCGAUAUAUAUUGUUGUCCCAUGGGAUACAUUAUAUGUGGUUUUAAGAAUGUAAUAAAUGGUUUCUUUUUCUUUUGAAA